CUCAGGUGUCCCGCGGCUCUCCUCUCCUCUCCUCUCCUCUCCUCUCCUCUCCUCUUCUUUCGCUCUAACAAAGGAGAUAUAACGCAGCUUCGGCUCUGUAAAUAUGAAAAGGCUUGAAUUAGUCUUCUUGUGUUUCUUCCAAACCAGUAACCUCACGGACUAAUGGGGCUUUUACUGCUGAGCUUGAUUCUCCGCUACUGGAUCAACACCGUGGAGGGAUCAUGUUCGUCCGGCAGCGCUGUGACUUGUGAUGAGUGUCUGCAGCUCAGUCCUCACUGUGCCUGGUGCAGGCAGGAGAACUUCACAGACUGGACAUCUGUCAGUAAAAGAUGUGACUCACUGGAGAUCUUACUGGAAAAAGGAUGUGCCAGGGACCAGCUUCACUUCCCUGUUUCCCAAGGGGAAAUCCUCCAGGAUCGGCCACUCGGGAAGAAGACAGCCAGUGCAAACAGCACCCAGAUAUACCCACAGAAAAUGUCCCUCAAGCUGCGGCCUGGCAGCCAGGUGACCUUUCAGGUUAAGAUUCAGCACACAGAGGACUACCCCGUGGACAUCUACUACCUGAUGGACCUGUCGGCUUCCAUGAUCGAUGAUCUGGGGAUGAUCAAAGACUUAGGCUCCACUCUGUCUCGAGAGAUGGCCAAGCUCACCAGCAAAUUCCGAAUGGGCUUUGGCUCAUUUGUAGAGAAGCCCGUACUGCCCUUCAUCAAAAUCACAGAAGAAGAGCUGGUCAACCCCUGCAGCAGUAUGAGUCUGGACUGCCUGCCAACAUUUGGCUACAAACAUGUCCUGUCACUAACGAGCAGCACCGACAAGUUCAAUGAGAUCAUCGCCAUGCAGCGUGUAUCUGCAAACAUCGACGUGCCGGAGUGCGGCUUCGACGCCGUCAUGCAGGCUUCAGUUUGCGGGGAUAAGAUUGGCUGGAGGAAUGAUUCGAUGCGUCUGUUGGUGUUUGUCAGUGAUGCUGACUCACAUUUCGGGAUGGACAGUAAGAUGGCUGGCAUUGUGAUCCCCAACGAUGGACAGUGUCACCUGGAUGUCAACAACGAAUACUCAAUGUCCACCGUACAGGAGUAUCCAACUCUCGGCCAGCUGGUUGAUAAGGUGGUGGAAAACAACAUCCUGCUGAUUUUUGCUGUAACAGAAGAGCAGAAACACAAUUAUAAGAACUAUGCAGCUUUCAUACCCGGUGCCACAGUUGGAGUUCUGGCGAAAGACUCGAGGAACAUCCUGGAACUGAUUGUAACAGCAUACAAAGAACUGCGUUCAGAGAUUGAACUGGAGGUUGUUGGAGACACAGAGGAACUGCACAUGUCCUUCACAUCCAUUUGCCCGAAUGGGAGUGUCCUCCCUGACCUGAAGCACUGCUCCAACAUCAAACCAGGAGAAACGGUGGUGUUCAAUGUGACUGUGGAGCUUCCCGGAUGCCUGCCAGGCGUUCGGCACUUCUCCCUCAAGCCGGUGGGCCUACAGGACAGUCUGGAGGUGGACCUGGAGUCUCUCUGCUCCUGCGACUGCCAGCAGCCCCGAGAAGCCAACAGCAGCCAGUGCGUGGACGGCCAGGGGGCUUUCCAGUGCGGCGUGUGUGUGUGUCAGCCGGGCUUCCUGGGAGCGCAGUGCGAGUGCAAUGAGGAGAGCGCUUUGUUGAGCAACUGCCUGGAAAACAAUGAGGCUGAGAUAUGCAACGGUCAGGGCCAGUGCUAUUGCGGACAGUGUGUGUGUCAUGCGUCCAGCUUCGGCCGCAUCUACGGCCGUUACUGCGAGUGCGACAAUUACUCCUGUGUUCGCUUCCACGGGGAGCUCUGCGGAGGUCACGGAGAGUGCGACUGCGGCGAGUGCCACUGCCAGAGCGGCUGGACGGGAGAGUACUGCAACUGCAGCGCCAGCACCGAGGCCUGCGUGUCGGACGACGGCGCGCUCUGCAGCGGCAGGGGCAGGUGCGAGUGCGGUCACUGCGUCUGCUCCGUACCCGGGGCGUCUGGAGACAAGUGCGAGAAGUGCCCAACGUGUAGAGAGGCCUGCAAUUCAGCAAGGACCUGUGUUGAGUGUCAUGUUCAAGUCAAGGACGACGUCGAGUUGUGCAAUGAAAGUUGCAGCAUUUCGAAAACCUCCAUCAACACAACAGCAGAUUAUGACAAGAGUGUGUCGCUGCCGUGUACGCUGAUGAUGGAAAACGAGUGCUGGGUAUCUUUUAAUACUAUGCAAGGUGAGACAGGGACCACAGCCUACAAUCUCCAGAUUUAUGGAUGUCCCGAGACCCCCAACAUCCCCAUGAUCAUUCUCGGGGUCUCCCUUUCCAUCGUGUGCAUCGGCCUCAUCCUGCUGGGUGUGUGGAAGGUGCUGGUGUCCGUGCAUGAUCGGAAAGAGGUGGCCAAGUUCGAGGCGGAGAGGGCGAAGGCAAAAUGGCAGACGGGAACCAACCCACUGUUCAGAAGCUCCACGUCUACAUUUAAAAAUGUAACGUACAAGAACACAGAAAGAGAAAAAAUUAUUACAAUGAAUCACUACUGAAGAUAAACUGGAGUCAAUGCAAACCAACAGCUAAAUGCACUUAAAUGUGUAUGUAUGUAUGUGUGUGCUUGUGUUUGUGUGUAUGGGAAGACAUUUUUUUUGUGCAACAUUUGUUUUUGUAUCUUAUUCAUGCUGUAACACUACAUGAUGUAUUUGCUGCUGUAAUGGUACACUUUUAAAAGGUACUGUUAAACACUGAAUGUUUCUGUUGCGUGAUCCUACACAAGUGUUUGUGUUCUGUCUUAUGCAGCCAGGAAAGGAGUCUACAUUACAAGUGGUCUACUACUGAAAAUAUCUUUUUGUUAAUAUGUAUGUAAAUAUACAGGAGUUUUUUUUUUUUAUAUUGUUUUUGUUUUUGUAAAUCAAGGCUGAGCCUUUGGUGUUAAUGACUGUUUAGAAUGUUCUAGUGGCAUUUGGCACAUAAAUAAAGUGGAGAUUGUAAAAAAUUGUGAUUAUUGAAUAAAAAAAGCAACAUACAAAUGAAACUGUGGAGGACCUACUCCACUUUUAAUGCACAACUAGAUGUCAUUGUGUUAGGGAUAGUCAUUUUCAUUUUGAAAUAAUGAAUAAGUGAACUUAGAUACCACUCUAAAUGGCCCACGAUGAACACAUUUUCCACAAUCAGUGCCUGAUGAGUGUGUAGGCCAACUUGACGUGCACUAGCACGAGCAGCAGUGCAUGAUAUCCCCCUCAUCUUCACUGAUAAAUGGACCUGAUAAUGUGCUAAAUGCUGCUGGAUCUGCAGUACUUGAGCUGCUGGUCGAUGUGCUUGUCGGAGUGUUGCAUACUGCUACCACUGUGCCUGAGUGGCUCACUGAUGGGCCUGAACGGUGUAGAAUGUUCUCAUCAGUGGAAAACAACACCCACCCACCCAAAAAAAGGAAAAAAAAACAUGCAAACAUACAACUAAUGUGGUAAAAAGCAGUUUUAUUUGCAGUAAAAUGCACCCAGGGAAUAUA